UGAGGGAGACUUGACCCAGUCCCCUCCCCAUACCACCCAUCAGAGUAAAAAUGCUCACGCAAGAAUGGGUCCUGGGUCCAAAGUAUCAUAAGUGACUGGUGUGGACAGCUGACAUGACGCUACGUGAUAUGCCAUGUGUGGAACGUGCUACAGGGCAUGCGAAGGUUCGGGCAUUCUCUGUGUGGCCCACCAUGGUAGGAAAUCAUAAUGCGUGCAGGAAGUGGAUUCUGCUCAAGAUACGGGCUUGUCUUUUUAACUCUUUCAUCGUGAAAAUCGCGAAUAUUGCGAUGGACUAGUCCACUUCAGUUUACCUAAUCAGCGAAUUUAGAGUUGAGCUCGUCAGUAAUUCUCUCAACUGUCCACAUUACAAUUCUUGUGAUAUUAGUUUCCUGAAUUUGGUAUUGGAUUAACUACUAAAAUAAUCCCCUGAUUGAUAUUUUUCUUUAUUCUCAUCACUUGUCUGCUUGAUAUUAUACUGAUAUUGUAAGGAGAAAUGAGCCCCUAAAAUGUUCUCAUUAAGAAUGAAAGUUAGACGAAAGGAUGCAAACGGCCAUGGACUUAGAGUGGUAGGAAGAAUGAGGCAGCGUGGCAAUAUAAAUUGCGUUGAUGAUUGUAAUUUUAAAAAAGCGCAUCUUGGAGUUGGCACCCAGUUAUAUCCUUAUCUGUUUAAAAGAUUAACAUUGUCGUAGCAGAUCUUUGUUAAGUGGUUAUUAAUGAUCUUAAAAUAAAUAAAAUCUGAUCGCCGGGCUCUCAUUAUAAUUCAUAGCUUCAGAAGUGAUUGACGUAUAGGAAGCCGUGGGCUCUCAACUGUUUCUAAAGUAAAAUGCCUUCCGAGCAUAAAUAUUCAGCGUUAUUUCAAACGGCCGACAUUAACUUGGUGUCGCCCAGACAAAAUUUGUGAUCUCAUUCAAGAGCCGAAAUGACCAAUCGAAAAGACAUCUAUGUUAAAAAGUUGGGUUUGAUUCCACUCUCCGAGGAAGGAGGUUACUUUAGCGAAACUUAUCGAUCUCCCGAGACGAUUCCAGUUGAAGGACGCGAAGGAACAGAGAGAAGCUUAUUCACAACAAUUUUCUACCUGAUUGCGCCUGAACUGGGAGGAAAAAACUUUUUAAAUAGAAACAAGAGUGACAUCACCCACUUUUUUCACGAUGGAUGGCCAGCUAAAUACAUUUAUAUCACACAAGAGGGCAAAGUUGAAGAGUUUAUCCUGGGUAAAGACAUUUUAAAAGGCCACGUUCUUCAACAAAGGGUUCCAGGUGGCUGUCUUAAGGCGGCGAAAAUUUUGAUCGACGAGUCUAGCGAGUAUGAAAAGUUUCCCGGCGAAACACCUUUCACGUUGAUCUCAGAGAAGAUGUCCCCCGGAUUUGAUUACAGAGAUCGUCACGUGCCACUUGCUUCUGAAGUGAAAUCUUUGCAUGUGGAUCUGUGGUCAGAGAUAAAAGAGUACUGUGCACCCGACGAAAAUAAUUGAUUUCUUUGAUUUUGCAUUAAUCAACAUACUUGUUAUGCUGAAAUCUUUUACCU